UGAAGAUUUUAUCAGAUAUGACAGAGUAACUUUCUACAUCUAAACAUCUCGCUACCGAAAUCUAAACAGUUAAUGAAAUCAACAUUGAAAUAUCACAUGUGACGGGAUAUACUAAAUUAAAUUGUCAGCGAAAAAAGAUAGCAUCGACAAAGCUAGAUUUUACUUUGUUCCUGACCUCGAGGAUACAUAUCACAGUGAACUAAAGCAGUAUUUGAAUAUUUAUAUUUACUUUGUUCUUUUAUCUUAGAGAAGAAACAAUGUGUUAGGAUGAUAUGAAGUGAGAAUUAAAACGAAUUUUUGUGAACCGUGGACUUAACUAAGCAAUUACACUGAAGGACACCUUCCAUAAAUUACAGAACUGUUCAAACAAAAAUAUCUGUAUAAAUAUCAAAUGUCGAUUUCAUUGUAGCAUUUCUUCUGUUUAACUCGUUAUCGCUCAUUUGCACAAACGUUUAUUUAGGAAUUAACUAAUUAGCACGUGAGAUUCUUGUCAGGAAUUAGAAUAUAAGCUGUUAUGUGAAACUGUUUUUAAAUUCUACAGGUGCGUUUUUUGUUUAUAUUGUACUUAUUGGCCGGUGUAACAUGUCAUAUGGACGGAUUAGCGUACAUUUUAUAUAAUGAUGUUACGGUUUGUGUAUGUUAAGGAUAUAUAGGCGGGAUUUAUAUUCAAAGUGUCAAUUAUUUUUGUAUAGAUCGCGGAGUAAUAGACCGUGCUUAAUCGAUAAGACGACAACAGGAAACCCCACAAAUACCUCACGUUACCAGUUUCGCUUUAACCACGAGAUUUCACCUAUCAUUGUUUUUAAGUGGAUAUUUUUCAUAACAAGUCGGGAUGACAGUCCCAGGCUGUCCAAAGCAUAAAGGAGGUUUAACGUGUUCAUCGGACGUCCAAGUGCAAUGUGGUUCCUUGUUCCCUGGUCACCACCAGGACUGUCCAGUCGCAGAUGCACGCGGUGGUUGGUUACAGUGUUUAGAUUUAACAGAAACACUACCCGGUAGUGUGCCAUGCCAGGAACGGGAUUACGGCAUCCAUAGGGACAAUGUGUGGGUACAAAAUGGUUGCCAGGGAAACUUUUAUACGUGCUAUAUUCCAGUCUCUCCGCCUGGACCUAUUAACGAAAGGACAUUAGAAUGUAGUACUAAAGAUAGAUCAUACACACAAUGUAAAAUUGAUGGUGCUUAUCUAGUGGAUAAAGUUAAUAUGAAAAUUCAGUUUCAAAAGAACAAAACGUGUACGGAAGGAAUUAAUUACGGAAUAGUGGCCGAUAGUAUUUUUGUUAAAGAUGGAUGUAGUGGGAUAUUUAAUGUAGAAUUUUUCCCAGAUUCUGUCGCACCACCGCCUGUACAAAGACCAUCAACAACGUCGACGACAAGUACAACACAAAAACCAUCAACGACAACCACAACUUUACGAACGACAACUCCACACAAGUCUCCGUCAAUCUCUUCUACAACGAUCAAAAGUACAACUAAUCAUACAUCCAUAAUAAAUCCACCAACAUCGUCUGACUCAAGCGGAAGUAUCAUUGUUCUGACAGCAGCCGCAGUAUUAGGAGUCUUUCUUGUCAUUUUAAUUGCUACUCUUGCCAUUUUGUGGUUUAGCAGACGAUAUCGUUGCACGAAACGAUAUUUAGAGAGAAAAUCCGAUGGCACAGGAAGUAUCGAGGGUCCUUCGGUAGGUAAACUACUACCGCUCAAGUUUAACAAGGGAAACAUUUAUGAAGAGAUCUCAACUCACGAAGAGGUACCAAGUGCGCCUCCAGUUUAUGAACGACAGCCAUUCAUUGGACAUGAAUUUACUGGACAUGAGUGUUCACUCGAGCCGAACAACAAUCCGAAAAAUCCGCUAGGUGAAAACUAUUUUAUACUUGAUCCGAACUAUAGAGACUGCCGUACAUUACCGUUACAAUCUAGGAAUAUGAAUCAUCCUGUGAACUUUGAACCGGAUUUAUUUCAUUCAAUUCCAUCAGACGAUCGUCCUUGUCAAAUCCAUCAUCCGGUGGCGCGAAUGGGAUCGUUUGGUAACCAUAGUGGCCAUGGACACGAGCCUGUGAUACGAAUGGGUACAUUUAAUCCCAAGAUUCAUCAGUACCCUCUAACACUGGGUCCCUGUAUGGACCCACAUAUGAUGCAUAAUAAACAGAAUACACUUCCAGUAUUAAAUGGGAAAUCCAUGAGAAUUUCCGAUAGUGAUGUAGAUGAAGAUGGAUACCAGAAAAUCGGAACAUUUGGUCCACAACAGAAACAUUUCCAGAAUAUACCAACAAGCUUUCAAAAUGCUCCUCCUCAUUUCACAAACGUUCCACCAAGUUUUGCCAAUGUUUCACAUUUCCAGCCUGUAUUAUCAGAACAAUGUCAGAAUACUGACUCUAAUCCUUUAAUUUUUGAUACAUCGUCCUGUUGAUUUUAUGAAAUUGUUGUUGCUGAUAUUUAUUUAUAUGAAUGACUUUUAAAAGGAAAA